ACAUGCGGAGUCCUCGUACCUGGAUCACCAUCCCGUGCUAAACGGCAGCAUUUCCACAGCAUUCGCUUGAUUAGGCUACUCAGUGAGAAAGGACCCCUUCUUAGACCACUCUUCAAGAGCUGCGCUCUGGUAAUGACAGCCCCAGGCAAAACUCGUUGAUUUCUAGCGAGGGAGGUGCUAUUACGCACCAAACGAGUGCCCUAUCCAAUUAUCUGGAAACGCGGCUUGUGUUGUAAUUGAAUCCUUAUUCCCCAACCGGUUGUUAUGGAUGGAGGUCGAGAGAGGGGUUAGUUAGUGCCUGUUGCUCUUUCCUGGUGCAGCAUGUUGCACGGGGGGUCUCUCGCUUCAUCAGUCCUCAGGAUGGGCAGUUGGAGGGAUUGAGGACGCUGCGCCGCCAACAAGAAUAAUUCACUCGUUUUUGGAGACGAUACGGCUAGCAGAUAUCUUGGCACCACCAAGCAAUACGUUCGCCUGGGUCGAUAAUUUAGGCUAUUUUUAGGAGGAGUUUGCCUUUAUUACACGUGAAGUUCAAUACUGGAAUGUAAUUUUUAAUACGGAGUGUUUUCUUGUGUUUGGAGCGUUUUUUGUGUGUGAAGAACCUGCAGAGCAACUUUUGGAACAAAUUACGCAUAUGAAGAGGAUGGUGUUUUACAUGUAGAGUGAAAGUUUCGCUCUGCGCUCUGUUGGGUCAUUAUUGUAUUACAUUUUUUUUUUUCUGCUUUGCUAACCAUAUUCAAGAACGAAACAGGUUUAAAGUCCUGGACUGCAGGAGAAAUGGCCAGCGAACUGAAACCACGGCUUUGUAUCAUGACAAAGAGUGAGAACGGGUAUGGGUUUCACUUGCACGGUGAGAAGGGGAAGAACGGCCAGUACAUUCGCAAAGUUGAGCCCGCGUCGUCAGCCGAAGCUUCGGGUCUGCGCCCGGGGGACCGUGUCAUUGAGGUGAACAGGGGAAAUGUGGAGAAAGAUACGCACCAUCAAGUGGUGCAGAGGAUCAAGGCGGUGGAGCAGGAGACCAGGCUGCUGGUGGUAGACCGGGAGACGGAUGAGUACCUCCGCAGCCUGCGCCUCGUCUGCACCGAGGAGAUGGCUGUCCGUCUGGGGGGACCCACCUCUGUGUCCCCUGCCUCACCCCCAGCCUCACCGCCCCCCUCCUCGCCCCCGGCCUCCUCACCCGCGGCCAAGAGAGAGAACGGCUCCGUGUCCAAGCUGCCCGCCACCCUGACCAGGGAGGUACCCAAGCCCACGCGAAGGUCUCCGUCGCGGGCCGCCAAGAAGGUGUUCUUGGGUCUUCCUCUCUUGCUUUCACCCUGUGGGUUCCAGGAGGCUCUGGCCCAUGUUAAUGCCCAUGCCGAGGUGGCGCGGCCACCAGUGGACCCAUCGGAGCUGUUCCCCAGGCUGUGCCACCUGGUGCGGGCCGAGACUGGCUACGGCUUCAACCUGCACAGUGAGAAGUCCCGGCCGGGCCAGUACAUCCGCUCCCUGGACCCUGGGUCUCCAGCUGACCACGCCGGGCUCAGACCACAGGACAGACUCAUAGAGGUGAAUGGGGUGAACGUGGAGGGCAUGCGUCAUGCGGAGGUCGUGGCCUUCAUAAAGAGAGGAGGAGAUGAGACCAGGCUGCUGGUGGUGGACCCUGACACAGACCAUCACUUUAAGAAGAUGGGCGUCACCCCGUUGGCCAGCCACGUCAAAGACUAUGACGGUCCGUCCAUAUCCAACGGCUCCCCCAGUCCUCAGAUCAACGGCAGCUUCACCAGCCGCUCCAUCCAGUCACACCACUCUGACCUGAGCAGUCCAGACAACAGCCUGCAGCUGGGAGAGGACGAGGCGAGCCGUCUGAUGGACCCCUUUGCUGAGAUCGGCCUGCUCCUGAGUCCCACAGCGGCUGAGGCCAAAGAGAAGGCCCACGCCAAGAGAGCCAAGAAGAGAGCCCCUCAGAUGGACUGGGACAAAAAACACCAGCUCUUCAGCAACUUCUGAACUUUUCUGCCACCCAAUGAGAGAAGCAGAAAGACUGUCGAAUUUGACAUUUCUGAAACUUACCUUCAACAUCCCUACCCGUUACCCCACCACCACUACCACCCAAUCCAACAGAAGAGAAUACGCAGAUAGAAUGUUGUUCUUUGAACGUUGGCAAUCCAACACCCACUCCCCCCUGCUUCCAAAAUGGACGGGAUGGAAUGAUGGGCAUCUCAUCCUUUACCCCUCCUUCAAUCCUCCCUUCUUCCACCCUUCUCUAUACCCUCAUCCCACCUCAGAGAGAGCUUGUCUGCUGGACUGAACUUGUCUGCUGGACUGGACUGGAAUAAGAGACUCAAGAUUAGCAGCUUCUUCUGAAUCCUCCCGUCAUCAUCGCUCUUUCCCUAAACCAUCCGAUGUCCCUCCUCUUCUACCACUAACUCCCACUUCCUCUGAGGACUGCUCUGGAGAGAGGAGGCACUUAUUUUUGUAUUUAGAAAGUAGAAAAGCACCAUAAUAGGUGUUAGCCAGCCCAGCUAUAAGGAGUAUGGGGAAUAUGGACUAUGUGAGAUGUUUGUGAACACUGUGACCUGAUCUUAAACAUUGGGGUUUGUUUUGAUCCAGUAAGAGAAGGAACGUACGCCCAAAGAUGGAUAAAACUUUUCCUCCCAUGAUCCUCCUGUGAUUUUAUUGUGUGAUCGAUGCGCCUCAGACUUCAAGGAUUCGCUCACCAGGAAAAGCACAAACUGGAGGCUAAAUAGCAUCGCUUCUGUAUCAUCUCUGUUUGUAUCAAAACAUCUGUUUUCUCAUAAUGUCAUAACAUUUCCACUUUGCUCCCUAUGUUGGAUAUGAACUGGUAUUCAUAGAUGGUGUUAACAAUGCAUAGACAAUCAAAAGCCUUACUCCAUCCAUCCCUCUCAAUAUGAUAGCAUUUAAGCUACAUUGACUAAAUGCAUGUAUACAUGCACACACACAAGCCCCCUAUGAUUCUCUAGCCUAUAGGCCUGCUUCACUCAUUCUAAGGCAGUUUUAGUUCAAUAGAGUGAAUAGAGUGAAGAGUGAAUAGAUCAAGCAUUGAGUUUUUUACACUGCCUGUCUAGUACACCAGGGGGUGCUAAUAAGACACACAGCAACAUGAAGCCACUACAGUGCACUGCUCCGAGAUGUAUGAGGAUUGGGACAUGAAAGUACCAUAGAAGGAGAAGAUAGUCUGGGGAUGAUAUGACCACUUUAAAGAUGUAUGAGAUCUAUGUAACACCUUGUAACAUUUACGUAAAGCCUGCAGGUAUCAUGUGUUAUUACUAGUUAUGAGUAUCUAUCAUGCUUUAUUACCUGUUAUGAGCAAACAUAAUGCUUUAUUACUUGCUAUGAGCAUGUAUAAUGCUUUAUUACUUGCUAUGAGCAUGUAUAAUGCUUUAUUACUUGUUAUGAGCAAAUAUAAUGCUAUAUUACUUGCUAAGAGCAUCUAUAAUGUUUUAUUACUUGCUACAGUAUGAGCAUCCAUAAUGCUGUAUUACUUGUUAUGAGCAUCUCCAUCUAUGAGCCGAACACCUUUAUAUGCAAAAGUAUAGAUACAAAUAAUGUAUGAAAUACCAAGAUGGAUAUUGUACGGGAUUGAAAGUGAGCCCAGAGUAUCAAAGAAAGCUUACAUCAUUCAGUGUUGAUGUGAUGUUGUGGUAAUGUUAUGCUCAUGUUGUGGUACAGUGAUGACAGACUGACAUAGUGCUUGUAUCAGCUACUCCAGACUGGGUGUCUUUCUGUUGCACUUCAGAAGGGAAGGACACAGUUAUUUUUGUACAACAUGCCUGAAUGCUGUGGAUGGUGGACCGGCUGUGGUAUCAAGGGCUUUGGUAUGUGAGUAUAGCCUGGUCGCAAAUCUGUUUGUGCGGUAUUGCCAACUCCUAUGGUCAUUAUCAAGAGGCGUCACACAACAAUAGCCAUAGGAGUUGGUAAGACAGCACAAACCGAUCUCGGACCAUGCUACUCUGAGCUAUGGGGCUAGGGGGUCUGAUCAGUGGGCCUGCCCAGUGGGUGUGUGGGAGAGGCCUAUCCUGGAGGUCAGACUCAGAGAUGCUCUAAUGAAUGAGACCAGGGGAGCCACAGGACUUACAGGAGAUUAGUCCUAGCAUAGGAUAGCAUGGGGACAGCUGUCCUGCGCACAGACACAGACGGACCCCAGACCAAACCACUGUCACGCCUCAUAAGGGGGUGAAGGUCAAGUUUAUCUUACUGUGUGUGUGUCAUCCACUGUUACGGAUAGUAAUCUCAGAUCCCCCCGGUCGUUCAUAUUGUGGUAGGAUCUACACAAAGAGAACACUCCCCAGACCAAACCACUGCUACAUCUCAUACGGGGGUGAAGGGAGAUAGAAGGGAAAGUUUGUCUCUGUGUCAUCCAUUGUUACUAUUCACCCAGGGUCCGUAUAGUGCCGAUCUAGGAUCAGUUUUGCCUUUUAGAUCAUAAUUAAUAAGAUUAUAUGGACAGGAGGGACCUGAUACUAGUUCAGCACUCCUACUCUGAGACGCUUUCUGAAUACGGGCCCAGGUCCCCCCUGGAGGUUCAUAUUGUGGUAGGAUCUGAAAUGCGGGUCCCUGGUUGGGCUAGGUCUGAGGUACAGGCCAGGGUCAGCUGUGCUAUGCGGCGCCCACACCACACUUAGGACGGAGAGAAAUGUCUGAUCUGUUUUCAUAUAUUGCACAAUUAAUUUUUUGUUAAUAAGCAUAUUGUCAUUACUAUUACACAUAAUAGUACAGAAAACAGUUUUUAUUUCUCUGGUUUCCAUUUGUGAUCUAGCACCAAUGUGUUUGCAUAAGGGUUUUGACUAUUGGUCCAUAUGAUGAGCUGACCGUUAAACCCUGAGCAGAAUGGUGUAUGACCCAUGUAUAUUUACAUUUUAGUCAUUUGGCAGACGCUCGUAUCCAAAGCGACUUAAAGGAGCAAUUUGGGGUUAAGUGCCUUGCUCAAAAGUUUGUUGACAGAUUUUUCACCUAGUCGGUUUGGAGAUUCAAACCAGCGACCUAUCGGUUACUGACCCAAUGCUCUUAACCACUAGGCUACCUGCCUCCCUACGGUGUAUAUAUAUGGCAGGUUGUAUUUUUUCAAUAAAGUGUGACAAUCUCCUUCUGGACUAUAUGACA